UUCCUUGGAGAGCGGGAGUUGAGUCUGAGUGUUGACCAGCAGGAUGUUAAAGAGGGACAAGAGAAGCACAGGACAAGUCAGGGAAGAGAAGAGCUUCAGCAGCUGGAGAACGCUGAUAUCACCCAUUUAUCUUUCACUGUUGUCCCUCUGAAGACAGAAAAGGAAGAAAACUCAUUGACAUCGCAGGAUCAGCAAAGCUUGAGUUUUAAUUGCCUGAAGAACAGUGAUAAUGUUUUUAACCAUAGCAGGUGUGAGAUUGAUAAAGAACUGAAUUGCUCUGAAUGUGGAAAAGCAUUUGGUCACAUGAACUAUUCAAUGCAACACAAGAGACCUCAUGCAAGAGAGAAGCUCUUAAGCUGUCCAAAGUGUGACAAAAGUGAAAGGCAAAAGUGCAGUGUGAACACACAGAAGAAAAGUCACACAGGGAAGACGAUAUUUGGAUGUUCUGAAUGUGGUAAAAGGUUUCGAGACAACAGCCAUUUAAGUGCACACUUGAGAAUUCAUACAGGUGAGAAACCAUUUGGCUGUUCCGAGUGUGGUAAAAGAUUUCGAGACAACAGCUAUUUAAAUGCACACAUGAGAAUUCAUACAGGUGAGAAACCAUUUGUGUGUUCUCAGUGUGGUAAAAGACUUAAAGAUUCAAGCAUUCUGAACAGACACAUGAUGAUUCACACAGGAAAGAAAUUUUGCUGUUCUGAGUGUGGUAAAGGUUUUGCACAAAAACAUUACCUGGAGACACACUUGAGAAUUCAUACAGAUGAAAAACCAUUUUGCUGUUCCGUGUGUGGUAAAAGAUUUCGAGACAAAAGCAAUAUGAAUGCACACAUGAGAAUUCAUACAGGUGAGAAAACAUUUGGCUGUUCUGAGUGUGGGAGAAAAUUUCUAGACAAUAGCCAUCUAAAUGUGCACAUGAGAAUUCAUACAGGUGAGAAACCAUUUGUCUGUUCGGUAUGUAGUAAAGGGUUUGGAGAAAGUAGCAUUCUGAACAGACACAUGAGAAUUCAUACAGGAAAGAAGCUAUUUGGCUGUUCUGAGUGUGAUAAAGGUUUUGGACAAAAACACCAUCUGGAUGCUCACAUGAGAAUGCAUACAGGUGAGAAACCAUUUGGCUGUUCUGAGUGUGGUAAAAAAUUUCGAGACAAAAGCCAUGUGAAUGCACAUAUGAGAAUUCAUAUAGGUGAGAAACCAUAUGGCUGUAUCAAAUGUGGUAAAACAUUUCUGGAAAACAGCCAUUUAAAUGCACACAUGAGAGUUCAUACAGGGAAGAAAUUAGGUGGUUGUUCUGGGUGUAAUAAAAUGUUUAGACAAAAAAGUGAUCUGGUAAGGCACCUGAGAAUUCAUACAGGUGAGAAACCUUUUGGCUGUUCUGCAUGUGGUAAAAAAUUUAGACACAAAAGCCAUCUAAAAACACACAUGAGAAUUCAUACAGGCGAGAAACCAUUUGUCUGUUCUGAGUGUGGCAAAAGAUUUGGAGAAAAAAAUAAUCUGAACAGGCACAUGGGAAUUCAUACAGGACAGAAAAAAGCAGAAAAUACCAUGCCGACCCCCAAAACAUGAAUCUGCUGCAAAUCCUGAAUUAUCCACAAACGUUAAUAAAAAUCUACACAAACCGUGUCUAUCCACGAA